AGUCCACAGCCUUUCACUAACAGCCUAUAGGAGCCUCUCUCCCUACAGCUGCUGCACAAGACAGAGAGACCAACCCACAGGAUCGCUGAGAGACCAUGAAGAGCCUGCUGCUUCUCUCCAUUCUGGCUGCCUUGGCCGUGGUAGCUCUGUGUUAUGAAUCUCAUGAAAGCAUGGAAUCCUAUGAAAUUGGUCCCUUCCUUAACAGGAGAAAUGCUCAUACUUUUAUAUCCCAACAGCAGAGAUGGAGAGCUAAAGCCCAAGAGAGAAUCCGAGAACGUACCAAGCCUUUCCAAGAGCUCAACCGGGAAGCCUGUGAUGACUUCAAACUUUGCGAACGCUAUGCCAUGGUUUAUGGCUACAAUGCUGCCUACAAUCGCUAUUUCCGGCAGCGUGGCAAAUGAAAUUGAAAAAAGUCUCUUUCCAGAGCCUGGUGCCUGAUUUUGUAUUCCUUUGCAGUAGCAUCACUGAACCAUAUAGGCACAUACGAAUUGCUUGUUUCUUAAAUGUUCUCAUCUGGCUGCGCCCCUCCUUCCUGCUCCCAGAUUGAUAAAUAAUGGAAGUGCAGUGUAGUGAAGGUCAAAGGGGAGUUACGAUGUGAGAUUAUUAACAUAAUAAACUUCUGGUUGGAUACUUUCA